AUGCAGAUAGUAUCAUUCUUAGCACUAUUUUGUUUGGUAGCGUUCCGAACAGUAUAUUGUGAUGUGGCUAUUGUAGCUCCAGUACCUAGCUCUGUUUAUGACUUAUCCAGUUCAAGUCAGGCUACCAUCAAAGUGAAAUGGAUGCAUACAGAUAGCACCCCACAGGAGAAAGACUUUAUCAGAUAUACGUUUACUCUGUGUUCGGGCACCAACGCCAUGAUCGAAGCAAUGGCUACUCUUCAAACACUCACUGCGAGCGAUUUGACGAACAACGAGUUCAAUGCAAUCAUAGAGAACACUGUUGGGACAGACGGUUUUUAUUUUAUACAAGUCUUUGCACAAACAGCUAUUGGUUAUUCCAUUCACUACACCAAUAGGUUUAAACUAAAAGGGAUGAUUGGUGCAAAGGCAGCUAAUCCGAGUAUGAUAACCAUUGCACCGGAAGCACAAACAAGAAUUACCACUGGGGAUCUGGGUGCUACGAUCGAUUCGAAGAGUUUCACCGUUCCCUAUAAUUUACAAACAGGUGUUGUAAAAUAUGCUCCCAUGCAACUUCAACCAGCUACAAAGGUAACGGCAAAGACAUGGAAGAGGAAGUACGCCACCAGUGAGGUAACAUAUUACUACACUCUAAGAAACUCCGUUGACCAACAUACCACUGUAACGCCGGGGUGGUCAUACAUAAUUACAGCAGAUAGUAACUUUGCUACUCCGGCUCCUAUGCCGGCUGAUAAUGGCGGUUGGUAUAAUCCACGCAAGCGACUCUCUUUAACCGCAAGAAAAGUCAAUGCUUUGAGGAACAAAUAA